AUGGCUACUUGGUCUUAUCCUCCCGUUAGACGCGACGAGUCUUUUAUCGAAGAAUUGCACGGUGUAAAAGUCGCUGAUCCGUAUAGGUGGCUUGAGGAUCCUGAAGCCGAAGAGACAAAGGAAUUCGUGACUGCACAAAAUGCGCUUACGGCAAAAUACUUGGAAACAUACCCACACCGCGAGAAAUUUCGUGAGACUUUGACCGAAAUGUAUGAUUAUGAAAGAUAUGGCUGUCCGUUUAAAAGAGGCAAUCACUAUUAUUAUUUCUAUAAUACCGGACUGCAAGCACAGGAUGUUUUGUACCAGCUGAAAGAUUCCCUGGAUUCCAAACGCGUCGAAUUUUUCAAUCCAAAUAUUAUCGAAAAAGAUGGUACGGCAUCUCUUAGAACAUAUUCCUUUUCAAAGCACGGAAAUUAUUUUGCCUAUGGUAUUUCCAAAUCGGGCAGCGACUGGGUUACUGUGCAUUUAAAAACAACAAAUCUUGAAGAACAAGUUCAGUUGGAUGAUGCUGUCGAAUGGAUCAAAUUCUCGACGAUUAGCUGGACUCACGACGAGGCCGGUUUCUUUUAUCAAAAAUACCCUCGACCAGAAAAGGAUGUCGACAAAGGCACCGAAACUGAUACAACCAAAAAUGCAAUGAUUUACUAUCAUAAAUUAGGAACCCCACAAACAGAAGAUAUUCUCAUCUACAAAGACCCCGAAAAUCCGGAGUAUAUGUUUAAUGUUCGGAUCUCGGAAGAUGGUCGAUACGUUAUUGUCGAUAUCACAAAGGAUUGUGAUCCAAUGAAUAAAUUAUGGAUUUUUGACCUAGAAAAGUCUAAUUAUGAAAUCACCGGAUUAAAAGUUCAAGUUAAUAAUUCCAUGAUUUCAUUUUGCAGUAUCACCAAUGACAACACGAGAUUUUACUUCAAAACCAAUUUAAACGCACCCCGCUACAGAGUGGUCAAAUAUGAUCUGGCUCAUCCUGAAGAAGGUUUCACAGAAAUUGUGGGCGAGCAUCCAAAAGACGUUCUUUCGAGCGCCGAUGUCGUGGCCGAGACAAAUUUGGUUUUGACAUACAUGCAUGAUGUUAAAGAAGAGAUAUGCAUACAUGAUUUGACUACCGGAAAGCACAUAUUAGACUUGCCACUUCCAAUAGGAUCCGUGGAAUCUCUUAAGGGAAGAAAAGAAGAUACCGAAUUUUUCUUCAAGUUUAUCAGCUUUUUGAAUCCCGGGAUUAUUUAUAGAUAUGAUUUUAUAAAUAAGUCUCUGAAAGAGUACAGGGUCACAGCCGUCAAGGGACUGAAAAGUGAUUUGCUGGAAACGAAGCAAGUUUUUGUGAACGGCAAGGAUGAUACAAAGAUACCGGUGUUUAUCAUUGCCCUUAAGAGCAUCAUUCUUGAUGGCAAUAAUCCUACUCUUCUGUACGGGUACGGUGGGUUCAACAUAAGCAUAACCCCAACUUUCAGUCCCUCUUGGAUAAAUUUUAUUCAGCAUUAUAAUGGUGUUGUGGCUGUUGCUAACAUCCGUGGUGGCGGUGAAUACGGAGAGGAGUGGCACAAGGCAGGAAUGCUAGCAAACAAGCAAAAUGUUUUCGAUGAUUUCCAGGAAGUUUCUAAAUGGCUGGUGGAAAAUAAGAUUACAAGGCCCGAGAAAUUGACGAUCAACGGUGGUUCUAACGGUGGCUUGCUAGUUGGUGCAUGUGUUAAUCAGGCGCCCGAAUUAUUUGGUUGCGCUGUGGCUAGCGUAGGUGUUAUGGAUAUGUUGAGAUUCCAUAAAUUCACAAUCGGGCAUGCGUGGCGAAGUGACUACGGGGAUCCGGAUAAAAAGGAAAACUUUGAAUACAUUUACAAAGUUCCUCUACAUUCCUAUAAGUACAUAGCAACAUUACAGCAUGUUGCUAAGGAAAAUCCAAAUCCUUUGACAAUCAGAAUAGACACUAAAGCUGGUCAUGGUUCUGGAAAACCUACGAAAAAGAUAAUUGAUGAGUCUACGGACAAGUACUCUUUCAUCGCGUUAUCCACUGGCGCCGAAUGGGUAGACUAG